AUGGAUCUCGCCAAUUUGCUCAGGUCCUGCUGCCUCCUACUGCUCCUGGGGGCUCUGCCUGCAUGGGCAGCCCAUGAUGAUCCCAUUGAGAAGGUCAUAGAAGGGUUCAGCCGAGGGCUGAGCAAUGCAGAGAGAGAGGUGGGCAAGGCCCUUGAAGGCAUCAAUAAUGGAAUCACUCAAGCUGGAAGGGAAGUGGAGAAAGUUUUUGAUGGACUUAGCCACAUGGGGAGCCAGGCCGGCAAGGAGUUGGACCAUGGCUUGGACAAGGUAGCCCAUGGCAUCAACAAUGGCGCCGGACACGCAGGAAGGGAAGCAGAGAAGUUAACCCAUGGGGUCAACCACGCCGCUGGACAGGUUGGGAAGGAGACAGACAACAUCAUCCAUCAUGGGGUCCACCACGGGGUCAACCAGGCGGGCAAUGAAGCAGGGAGGUUUGCUCAGGGAGGCCACCAUGCUCUUGGUCAGGGUGGGAAGGAGAAGCUAGGUCAGGGAGCCCACCAUGCUCUUGGUCAGGCUGAGAAAGAGGCAGAGAAGUUUGGCCAGGGGGCCCACCAUGCUCUUGGUCAGGGUGGGAAGGAGAAGCUAGGUCAGGGAGCCCACCAUGCUCUUGGUCAGGCUGAGAAAGAGGCAGAGAAGUUUGGCCAGGGGGCCCACCAUGCUCUUGGUCAUGGUGGGAAGGAGAAGCUAGGUCAGGGAGCCCACCAUGCUCUUGGUCAGGCUGAGAAAGAGGCAGAGAAGUUUGGUCAGGGGGCCCACCAUGCUCUUGGUCAUGGUGGGAAGGAGAAGCUAGGUCAGGGAACCCACCAUGCUCUUGUUCAGGCUGAGAAAGAGGCAGAGAAGUUUGGUCAGGGGGCCCACAAUGCCUUUGGUCAGCCUGGGAGAGAGGCAGAGAAAUUUGGUCAGGAUGGUCACCAUGCAUUUGGUCAGCCUUCAAAGGAAGUAGAGAAGUUUGGUCAGGGGGCCCACAAUGCCUUUGGUCAGCCUGGGAGAGAGGCAGAGAAAUUUGGUCAGGAUGGUCACCAUGCAUUUGGUCAGCCUUCAAAGGAAGUAGAGAAGUUUGGUCAGGGGGCCCACAAUGCCUUUGGUCAGCCUGGGAGAGAGGCAGAGAAAUUUGGUCAGGAUGGUCACCAUGCAUUUGGUCAGCCUUCAAAGGAAGUAGAGAAGUUUGGUCAGGGGGCCCACAAUGCCUUUGGUCAGGCUGGGAGAGAGGCAGAAAAAGUUGGUCAGGGUGUUCACAAUGCCUUUGGUCAGGCUGGGAGAGAGGCAGAAAAAGUUGGUCAGGGUGUUCACAAUGCCUUUGGUCAGGCUGGGAGAGAGGCAGAAAAAGUUGGUCAGGGUGUUCACAAUGCCUUUGGUCAGGCUGGGAAGGAGGGAGGGAGGGUGGUACAGGGGGCCAAUCAGGGACUUAGCCAUGCUGCAAUGGAGGCACAGCAGUUUGGCCAUGGCCAUGGUUACUAUUCUGCAGGGCAAGCUUGGCAAGAGGGAGACAAAGUAAUGCAGCCUGGAGUCAGCCAGGCUGGAAAGGAGAUAGAGAAGUUUGGCCAGGAUGCCCACCAUACCAUUGAUCAGGCUAGAAAGGAGGCAGAGAAAGUGGUUCAAGGGGUCCACACUGGGGUCAACCAGGCUGAGAAGGAGGCAGAGAAAGUUGGCCAAGGGGUCAGCUAUGCUGCUGGCCAGGCUGGAAAGGAAACGGAGAAGCUUGGCCAAGGUGUCCACCAUGCUGCUGGCCAGGCCUGGAAGGAAAUGGACAGGUGGCAGCAAGAUGUUCAUAAUGGGGUCAACCAAGCCAGCAAGGAGGCCAACCAGCUGCUGAAUGGCACUCAUCAAGGCGGGUACACAGGCCAACACGGAGGGGCCGCCACCACUACAGUAGCAUCUGGGGCCUCGGUCAACAAGCCAUUUAUCAACAUCCCAGCUCUAUGGAGGAGCAUCGCCGCCAUCAUGCCCUAA